UGUGCUCUCGUUGUCAAUUCUGGGCGUGAUCUAACAAUCGGUAGCGAAUUUAAUUUCUUUUGUUCCAGUUUUGGAAGUCACAAUCUCGACGAACUCUUUUUUUAGCAACUACUUCUUCUUCCGACGUUCCAGCUGUUCUAGUUGAUCUUUAUAUACUUAUAUGAUCUGGGGAUUUUGAAGAUUUUAGGGAGGGGAAGAAAAAUGAAGUUAUCGAGCUGGGUUUUGAUCUUCCUUCUUUGUAAUCUCACCUUCCUCUCGUCGAUUUCUGCUUUCCGUCUGAGUCGGAGUCAACCAACGGAGCGAAUUUCAGGUAGUGCUGGUGAUGUGUUGGAGGAUAAUCCCGUGGGAAGACUGAAAGUCUUUGUUUAUGAGCUUCCAAGCAAAUACAACAAGAAGAUACUUCAGAAGGACCCGAGAUGUCUCAACCACAUGUUUGCUGCUGAGAUAUAUAUGCAACGCUUUCUUUUAUCUAGCCCAGUUCGAACACUUAAUCCCGAGGAAGCUGAUUGGUUCUACGUCCCUGUGUAUACCACUUGUGAUCUCACGCCUAAUGGGCUUCCUCUACCUUUUAAAUCUCCACGGAUGAUGAGAAGUGCCAUUCAGCUUAUUGCUUCCAACUGGCCAUACUGGAAUCGCACUGAAGGAGCAGACCACUUCUUUGUCGUGCCUCAUGACUUUGGAGCCUGUUUCCACUAUCAAGAAGAGAAGGCAAUAGGAAGAGGAAUACUACCCUUGCUUCAACGGGCUACUCUGGUGCAGACAUUUGGACAGAGGAAUCAUGUUUGCUUGAAAGAGGGUUCAAUCACUGUUCCUCCGUACGCUCCACCACAGAAGAUGCAGUCACACUUGAUUCCUGAGAAAACUCCCCGAUCCAUCUUCGUUUAUUUCAGAGGAUUGUUUUAUGAUGUGGGAAAUGACCCUGAGGGUGGCUAUUAUGCGAGGGGCGCACGAGCAGCUGUUUGGGAAAACUUCAAAGACAAUCCACUGUUUGACAUCUCAACAGAGCACCCAACAACAUAUUAUGAGGACAUGCAGAGAGCAAUCUUCUGCUUAUGCCCACUUGGAUGGGCCCCAUGGAGUCCAAGACUGGUGGAAGCAGUGAUCUUCGGUUGCAUCCCUGUGAUCAUAGCAGACGACAUUGUGUUACCUUUUGCAGAUGCGAUCCCUUGGGAAGAUAUUGGUGUUUUUGUGGAUGAGAAGGAUGUUCCUUACUUGGACACAAUACUCACAUCGAUCCCACCAGAGGUUAUACUGAGAAAACAGAGGUUGUUGGCAAACCCAUCGAUGAAACAAGCCAUGCUGUUUCCGCAACCGGCUCAACCAGGGGAUGCGUUCCAUCAAGUGCUGAAUGGGUUGGCUCGUAAGCUGCCUCACGAGAGGAGUGUGUAUCUGAGACCAGGUGAGAAGCUGUUGAACUGGACGGCAGGACCGGUUGCUGAUCUGAAACCUUGGUAAGGACCAGUAUUGGAAUUUGAUUGAAGGAUCCUAUUGGUUGGUUCUGUUGUGUCUGUAUUUUGUAGAAUCAGAACCUUUUUUUGCUAUGUAGAAGGGAAAAAGCUUGAUCAUUGUAAUGAAACUAUAAUCCUUUUGACAACUCACGAGAGAGAGUGAGUAAAAGAAAAAUUCUUUGUUCUCCU